ACUUGGCCUGGCGCGGAGCCGCGGAGCGUGCUAGAGCGGAACCACAGUCCUUGGCAGCGCAGUUUCGGCGCUCAGCCCCUCACUCCGCCACUCCGGCUCCCCACGCCCCGCGUCCGUUGUUGUGCGACAGGUGUCGGGUUACCGCCCAGGGGCUAUAGUUAGCAGCGGGGACUUUGUGUGGCAAUCCUCGGAGAGCGCCUUGCCUGCCCGUCCGACUCUAGCCCCCUGCCAGCCGCAAGCACCAGGGCUCCCUCUCGCUCAGCCCGCACAAUCUCCAGGUGGGUCCUCGGUCCCUGACCCCGUUUUCCAGGCGGAGGCCCACGACCGCCCCACCUGUACAGUGGACCGAAGCAUCCCGGGGCCUGAGACUGUGGGCCUGGAGCAUCUGCGAGUCUGGGGACCCGGGACUCGGGUUUGAGCUAGGAAGAGUGAAAUCAAAGGCUCCGGCCACCGCUGGGGCCACGCCUUCGACCACGCCCACGCCAGCCUGGGCCCUUGGACCCGGACCAAGGAUCCCUCAAGUGGUGGGAGGAAGAGGGUUGGAGCCCAUCGAAGUCCGCACUCGACCCCUGCAGGUCUCACCUUCACCUGGACUUCACCGUGCAAGACUCCAGGGAUGAUGCUGGAGGCUCUGCUGAUCAUCCUCAGCUGCCUCGGCCCCCACACCCUCUGGCAGGCCCAGGCUGUUCCUAUCCUGCCCCUGGGCCUGGCUCCAGACACUUUCGAUGAUGCCUAUGUGGGCUGCUCGGAGGUCAUGGAAGAGAAGGCAGCCGCCCUGCUAAAAGAGGAGAUGGCCCACCAUGCCCUGCUGCGGGAGUCCUGGGAAGCAGCCCAGGAAGCCUGGGAGUACCAGCGUCGAGGGCUCACUCUGCCCCCUGGCUUCAAAGCCCAGCAUGGAAUAGCCAUUAUGGUCUAUACCAACUCAUCUAACACCUUGUACUGGGAGCUAAACCAGGCUGUGCGCACGGGCGGUGGCUCCCGGGAGCACUACAUGAGGCACUUUCCCUUCAAAGCCCUGCAUUUCUAUCUGACUCGAGCCCUACAGCUGCUGCGGGGCAGUGGAGGCUGCAGCAGGGAGCCUGGGGCGGUGGUCUUCCGAGGCGUAGGCAGCCUUCACUUUGAACCCGAGAGGCUUGGGGACUUGGUCCGCUUUGGCCAGUUUGCCUCCAGCUCCCUGGAUGAGGCAGUAGCGCGCAGGUUUGGUAAUGCCACCUUCUUCUCUCUAAGGACUUGCUUUGGGGCCUCUAUCCAGGCCUUGUCUGUCUUCCCCGAGGAACGUGAAGUGCUGAUUCCCCCCCAUGAAGUCUUCAUGGUCACUGGGUUCUUCCAGGAUGGAGCCCGGAGCAUAGUGACUCUCUGGAGCUAUAAUCAGACCUGCAGCCACUUUAACUGCGCCUAUCUAGGUGGGCAGAAGAGGCGGGGCUGUGUGUCUGUUCCAGCAGUAGGGCAGCCAGAGUCACCCUACCAAGGGGCUUUCCCUGUGCUUCCCUGGAAGACCCCAUUCUUGGCCCCUGGGAGGUUCCAACUCUCAGAAGCUGGGCCCUGAAAGCCAACAUUGCCACUUAGGAAUCCUGGGAACUGGUGAGCUUCAUGUGAAGAAGACGUGCUUCAAAUGGCCUCGAGAAGUAAAAGCGUGGUUCCGGACCUAGUCCUAGCAGCCAUCUCCCCAGUCCAGGUUUGGGGAGACCUGAGGCUGUGGCAGGGUUGAGGGAGUCCCACUGUAUGGUGGGGACUUUCUGGGACAAGCAAGGGAAGUACUGUGUUGGCC